AUGAAAAUGAAAUUUUUCAUCACCAUUUGCAUUCUCUUGCUCAUGGCUGACCUGCCUGGAACAAAAGGGCGUACCUGCAAAAUGUGUAAAGUGAAUGAGGCGUCUCCUCUUCCGGUUGACCUGCCGCGCUUAUGUGGUGAUAGCAUAAAAAGUGUUUUUGACGAGGUCUGUUCAGUGUCCGUGAGACGAGGACGCAGAAGAGAUAUGAGCACUGAUCUGUUUGUUCAAACGAAAAAUGAAGCACAAGAUUAUCUCUCAUACCGAAGACGGAAACGGGGGAAAGGAACUAAUAUCUACGAAGAAUGCUGCGGUGAAAGGUGCAGAAUAGAAGAAAUUAAGGAAUAUUGUUAAGCCGACGACUCCAUAAUUUUUAUGCGGAUAGCUUUGUGUUAAAUAAUGCCUCUUAGACUUUAUGAAAAUCAAUCUAGAUUUGUCGACUGGUCGAUCAUGCAGUAUGGUAGUCUCGCUUUGGUCUCGCCUCGUGCCACGCUCUCGGAGACCUUACUUAUUGUAAAGAAAUGGUUGUGGUAGAAAAUAAAUAUGAUAGAUAAAAUAAAAAGGACGAGGAGAAACUCAAA